AUGUUCUCCCGUGAAACCGAAAAGCUGGAGCUGCCGUCGAUCUCGCAGGUCCACACCCGCGGUCCUGCUGACGCCCCCUGGUACAACCACCACGCCGUCGAACGUCCAUUACUGCCUGGCGAUAAGCUCCCCGCACUCAGCUUGCCGACGGCCUCUCAGAUUCCCUCGCGCUUCGUCUAUCCAGACCAGAGCUCUGCCAGCUCAAGCGCCCGUACGAGCUUGUCCAGCGCCGCUUCCCUUCACGAGCCCAGAAGUCCCCCUCCAUCUGAAUUGGGGGCCCAAGGUCGCCUCUCGCUGGAUUCGGAGUACCAAGUCGCCCAAGAGGGCUAUUACCCCAGCCCGACCUCACUCGGCAGUAUGAAUCAGACUCAGCCUUAUAUGGAUGUUCAUUCCCAUAUGUCGUCCGCUCAACCUUACGCCUCACAAGCCGCCACUGCUGGUGCCAUGUCGCACUACCCUUAUCACCAGCAACCCCCGGUGCUGCAGCCUGCAUCCUCCUAUGGCCCACACUCUUACCCGCAGUACGGAUAUCCCAAUGGCGUGACGUCGCCGCCAACCGGACACCCGCCCCCUGCGAGCUCCAUGGCAGGUCAGAUGCCCGCUCAGUUGUUGCCUCUUCCUGUGAACCAUUCCGCGGCCCCACCAGGAUAUGGAAACAAUACCGGAGCGCCGUUGCAAGGCUUCGUUUAUGAUUCAACGGGUCAGGUGGCGCCUCCGGGAGCCAAGCCCCGCGUCACGGCUACUUUGUGGGAGGACGAGGGCAGUCUCUGCUACCAAGUGGAGGCCAAGGGAGUCUGCGUCGCCCGGAGAGAGGACAACCACAUGAUCAAUGGCACGAAACUACUCAACGUGGCUGGUAUGACCCGUGGCCGUCGUGAUGGGAUCCUGAAGAGCGAGAAGCUGCGCCAUGUCGUGAAAAUUGGCCCGAUGCAUUUGAAGGGUGUCUGGAUUCCGUUCGAGCGCGCAUUGGAGUUUGCAAAUAAGGAGAAGAUAACCGAUCUUUUGUAUCCGCUGUUCGUGCAUAAUAUUGGUGGUCUGCUGCCCGACGCCUGGAAGGUCCCCCCCACAGGACCCCAACGUACCCCGACCGCACCUCAGCCCUCGACGCUGCACCACCACGCGAUGCAGACCCCAAUGUCCUCUCACAUGUCUCAACCAUCAUCCAUGGGCGGUGGCCCUCGCCCCGGCAUUGACCGUGCGAACACCUUUCCCACACCACCCGCCAGCGCAUCUAGCCUGAUGGGAGUAACCAACCAGGGGAGCUCAUAUGAAUGGGGUGGCCAGGGAAUGAACUCGGGAGUACCACAAUCACAGCCUCUGUCAAUCGACACCGCAUUGAGCAACCAACGCUCCAUGCCGACCACCCCUGCCACCACUCCCCCUGGGAACAACAUGCAGGCCAUGCCCCCUUAUCAAGCUCAGUCAGGCUACGAGAGCAAGCCCUACUACUCGGCUGCGCCUCCCAACCACUCCCAAUACGCACCGCAGACGCCGAUGACGCAGUCCGGUCUUUCCAGCUACGGACAAACGCUGCCGAAUGUGAACUACCUGAAGAGCGACAUGGCGCCUCCGACAGGUCGGGCUCCUGGUGCUCCUGAGACUGAUAACUCUGAUCUCAAAUCCGACCGCUACUCCCAGAGCAAUGGUCCCGGUGAUUCAGUCCCAGAGCAGGAGCCAGAGUACCUGCAAGACCAAGGGAACGGUUACAAUCCGAACCGCGGCUCGUACACCUACACCACCAACCCUUCCGUCGGAUCUCUUGCUGGUGAACACCCACAUGGUGGUCCUCCACCUCACUGGGCUUCUGGGUAUAACACUCCCCCUCGUCCCCCGGCUGCUACUACCCUGUAUAAUGCUGUGAGCGAUACCCGUGGCACACCCGCUAAUGGUGCCUCCGACCCAUACUCCAUGGCUUCCACCACCACUCCGGUGUAUUCGACCUCGAUGGGCGGGUCCCUGGGCUCAGGCAGCAAGCGUAUGCGCGAGGACGACGAUGUGAUCCGACCCGAAAGCAGCGGCGAGUACGAAAGCAAGCGCCGCAAGACCAUCACUGACGCUAGCCUCGGUGGUCCCGUGGGCGCUGCCCCAAUCCUGCAGCCCAUGAAGACCGGCGCCGUGAUGGCACGCCGUCGAUAA